AUGCGUGAGCGUUGGUCGCUGUCGUUGUUUCAACGAUUCCUACUUUUCGCCUAUGCGCCGUUCGGGAUCGUACUGCUAUGCUUUCGCGUUAUUGUCGGUGUACAUAUUUUCCUCACUGCAUGUAUUCUACGCAAAACAAUGCUGUUACGGUGCACGGUGUUACGGGUAAUGUCGUGCUUGUUGGGUUUGGUAGUGUUCAGUGGUGGCCCGGCUGGAGGCUGGGAUCGCAAAACGCGACUUCUCAUCGCAAAUCACGUUUCAACGCUGGACCAUGUGGCCGUUGAUCUGAUCCAGCCAUGCAUACUCCCUUCCGUUUGGGAUAUACCCAAUAUUUUGCGUUGGUGUUUGGGAUAUACGGAUUUGGGUGCUCGACAGGGACGUGCAGAACUUGUUCGGCGUGCCAGGAUAUUCUGUGAAAACAGUGCUGUUCCACUGCUCACAUUUCCAGAAGGGGCAGUAACUAGUGGUUGCAAAGGUCUUCUCAAAUUCAGCACAUGGCCUUUUGAGGUACAUCUUGUUCAUACUGCACGUCUGAUGAGUUUAUUAUCCAAUUUUGAAACGAUUUUUAUGAAUAACUAA